AUGCACGUGUUUGUGUAUCUCAUAUAUAUUAUACGUAAAAAACCUCGGUGCAGCAAUUGAAACUCUUUACACAUAUUCAGUUCACUUCGUUUUCAAUAUAUGUUUCAUAUUGCUGUGUAUAAACAUAAAAAACUCUUCUGAAUUUUACCCGAGUUAUUUGGCGUUUCGCGUAUAUUUGCAAAGUUCGCAACACAAAGAGCAUUCGCAGAGAGAGAAUGAAUGAUGAAUGACAAAUAUUCGGAGUUUACGGAAGAUGCGGAACCAUCAAUUACAUCGUCGGAUCCAAACGAGCGGAAAUUAGCGCGACGACUUCGUAUUCAACGACGUCUAGACACGUUGACUAAAAAGGCAGGCCCUGAAGAUGAAAAAGUUAACGAGAAAACGCUUACUGAAAAGCAAAUACUUGCUAGUUGCAAACUAUUGGAGAAUUUAUCAAUAGAGGCUGACGAAGUGGUAACUUCCGUGAGAGUCGCAAACGAUUUUAGAGAAUUACAGCGACGGAAGGAACAGCAAGAGAUCAGACAAUCAUUGUUGAGAAUGCUCGAGGAAAAUGAUGAAGAAUGCAUGAAGAGAUACAAAGAGAUCAACGAAAAGUGGUCGGGCAUUCUCGUAUCGAAAGAUCCGCUAGAUAUACACGCGGCAAUGGAAGCUCAAAAUGUCAAGUGUUUAGAGAUUAUGGCAAAGAAAGACGCUGUCAUUGCGGAAUUGCAAAAAGAAAUAGAAAAUGCUGAUUUAAAAUUUGUUAACGAUCAGGCCACUCAAAAUGAAGACAUAGAUAUAUUGAUCGAUAGAAUAGACAAACAAAUGAAUGCUAUGGUCAAAGCAUAUCGUCACGAAUUGUCGCUUAUUAAUAAUGUAAUCGAAUCCGAACGAAAAACACUGGUGGAAACUAUCGUGGAAAAAUGGGAAGCGUUGUAUAAAAAGUUUCACGAAAACAGUCUUACGGGUUUAGAUAAACGGAAAGAGAUAAUGCGCGAAUACGAAGAAGAAAUGAAGAAGGUCGUAAUCGAGCAUCAAGAAGAAUUUCGAACUCAAAAAAUCAGUUUGGAGCUUGAAAUUCAGAAGCUUCAGCAAGAAGUGCAAAAUACGAAAGCGUUAUGCUUCAUGAACAUCGAGAAACUUGAUUACAGCUACACCGUGCUCAAACGACGAGAAGACGAAAAUACUAUAGUAAAAAAUCAACAAAAGAGAAGGAUUAACAAACUUCAAGACGUUGUCAACGCUCUGAGGAAAAAUUAUGCCGAGCUCGAAGAAAAUACGCGACUUGAGAUACAAAAGCUCACCGACCAAGUUCUAAAAGCGCACAAAAGUAUUUUGGAUCUAGUAGAAAAGUCAAAUCGUUUUACAAAUAUUAAUGAUAAUAAAUACAUGCAGAUAUGGGAUAUAAACGCAAAAGCCGCGAACGAGCUGCUCGAUAAGGUAUGCGAAAGAUACUUUUUGAACGACAUCGAUAUAAAGAAAAUAACGUUUUAUCUUCUUCAGAUUUUAAGCGCCGACAAGAUCAUAUACGAACAAGCGUUAGGUAUCGAGUGGACUCCGCCUGAAGAAAUCUUACUGAAGAAGGAAGACCUGCCGUCUUAUCGUAGCGUAAUGCACGCUAUAGAAGAAGAAAACAGAUUGGCUACGGAGAAAAGAACACUGUGCAAAUCUUAUACGCCGGCAAAUACUAUCGAAGAAAUCAAUUUAGAAAGACGUCUAUUAAAUCACAUUAUAAAACACAUUGCCGAUUGUUGUGAUUAUUUAAUUGAAGACAGAUUGCUCAGCUUAAUUCUGCCUUAUACGGCAAAUGAUCAAUUAGUUAUACGUCUAGAUAAUGUGUUUCAGGCAUUGCACAUUAAAUCCGAAGAGGAACUCGGCUUUCUUCUGAAUUUCUUUCUGCCAUACGCGUAUUGUCCAACAUGUAGCAAAGACAGCGAUGACACGAGCAAGAGUACAAGCAGGUCUACCUGCAAAGAAGAGACUAAAACUUCUCCAAAAACGGAUGAAGAGUCAGAUGUCUGUGAAGUUUCUGUGGAAGAAUUCACGGAAGAAGAAGCUAAAUUAAUUAACGCUGUGAAAGACGCAAUCUGUGAAGAAAGAUCAUCUACUCCUAGCGACGAUGUAAACAUGAAUUCAUCUCCAAGUUCUUCAAACGAAACGUUACUUCCUAUUGCAGAAUGCAGUUCCAAUUCUUUUGCAUCUAUCAGUGAUAUUGUUAAAGAUGACGAUCAAAUGCAACGACGCUUAUUAUGCGAUCAAGGACAUUUGCUUGAAAUUGAAGCCACAUUUGUUACUCGAGUUUUACGAGAAUUUGUGGAAAGAUAUCAUUUUGUUAAAGAAGAGACACCUCAAACCUUUCAAGAGAAAGUGACAGAAAAAAAAGCGGUAGUAUCCCGAAACAUGACAAUUGAGGAUGUCACAAAUUUUUGGAAACGAUACACUGAAAUCUUUCCGUCGGAAAAGGAACGGCUCUGGGACGGAUUACUAAUUGGGCUUAAAAAAUAUCAUGAAAUAUUAAAAGAGCGACAUCAUUUGAACAUUGAAAUACAAUCGUUACAAAGGCAAAAUGCGGAAUUACGACGUUUAUUGAAAACAUAUAUAAUUCAGCCUGAAUGUGACGGAUUAUCACAACUUAAUGGAGUUUGUUUGUAAAUCAAACGAGUAGUCUACAUUUUUACAUGAUCAGUACAGUAC